GAAAUAAAACCUUCUCGACCGGAAAACACGGCUCUUGCCAAGGAAAUUUCAAGAAGGCGAAGUAGUGUUGAGUGCUUUUUCAAAGCCCAUUCUCUUGAACAGAGACUUUCUAUCCAGGCCAAGUCAAUACUUUAG